AACUUGAAUUCCACGGCUGGUUGAAAAAAUGGGACAAUUACAUUGAAAUACAUACACCAAUGACUACCUAACAGUAACUCUCUCUCUCUCUCUCUCUUCUUCUUCUUCUUCUUCUUCUCUCUCUCUCAACUGAUCAUUUGUUCAAGGAUCGUUUCUUUCUUUGCUUGGGUGGGAAAUCCAGGAACCAACAUGUGAGCUCAUGUUAGAAUCUGAUUUUACCGGCUAUCUGCUUGAAAACCUGGACCGAGGAAGAAAUGAGGUGCCUGCAGCAGCAUAAUCAAUGAACGAAUAAGCACACAAUGAGCAGCAGAGCGAGACUCAGAAACUUCAUGCGUUUAGCAAGCAAUGACAUAAACAUCAAAGUAGCAACCAUAGAAGAAUAUCAGUAUUGGGGAGUUGCAUAAAGGAGAGACAAUCGAUAUGAUUGAGAGAGUGGAGAUCCAUGAAGGAGAAAGCACGUCUCCAUUGUCCUCCCAAAAGUGUUCAUCUUUUGACUUGAAUGAAGAAGCCACCAGUGAGGAGGAUGAUAGUACGGCGGAGGUGGCCACUGUUACUUCUGAACUGGGGAAUGGGACGGUGGCGACUGCGGCGGGGGAUGACUCCACAGAUAAAAACAGCACCACAGAGGACGGUGAACGAACAACUACGGUGAGGCAAUAUGUUCGAUCAAAAAUGCCUCGGCUCCGUUGGACUCCUGAUCUCCAUCUCUCUUUUGUGCAUGCUGUUGAAAAGCUUGGUGGGCAAGAAAGAGCAACUCCUAAAUUAGUUCUUCAAUUGAUGAACGUAAGAGGACUAAGCAUUGCUCAUGUAAAAAGCCAUUUGCAGAUGUAUCGAAGUAAAAAAUUGGAUGAGUCUGGGCAAGUUUUAUCUGAAAUGUUCUACCAAAGAAACAGUCCUUAUCGACACUUCAAAAUGGACAACCGAAGCAUUCUCCUGGCCCGGAAAGCCCAUGAUUCUAAUCCUCUUCAGUGUCUCUUCAAAGAUUCCUUCUCACAACGGUCAUACAGUUUUAAAGCCAACCCCUCGAGUUGCCCUUCUGAUAGACAUGAAGACUGGGCUUUCAAUCGGCAGAGCUCGAUGAGGCCAGUUUCAUUAUCAAGCAAAGAUCAAGGUCAAGGACUAUCCCAGCCAUCGGUUUCGUAUCUAUCAAGUACAAGGGGUGUAUUCACAGGAAAUGGGCUCAUUAGGCACAGCCAAUUUCACGAAGAGAAGAGGUGGCCUCCACGUGGAAUGAUAAAUAUCAACCAAAGAAUAAAGGAUAGAACUAUUCCUGCAAAUGUUGGUUGGGUUGGGACUAGCUCCCAACCUCCACCCGGCCAAAUUCAUUCUGGGCCCAUUUGUUUUGAUGUGGCCCACACCCUGCACCCUCCAGGAUGGAUUGCCAGCAGUACUGCUACCAACAAACAAUAUCGUUCCUGCAGCAUUCCUGAUCCCUUAGUAAUCUCUGGAAGCUUCCAAACAGAACUUGGUGGGACCCCAUUUAGGCUUGAGUUACAAAAUCAACCCAAGCAAAUAACUGAAAAGGAACAAGAGAUGGAAGAGAAUACAAAUUCAAAGAUGAAAGAGAAAGAAGGGCAGCCCAAUUUGCAGCUGAGUUUGAGCCACAACUUAACAUUUGAAAGAGAGAAGGGUUGUGAAAAAGCAAAAGAAAUCAGUACAAUGCUUUCUCUUUCUUUGUUCCCAUCAUCAUCAUCAUCAUCAUCAUCAUCAUCAUCAUCCAGGCAACAAAUGCAUCCCAGUGAAAAGCACAUAGAGAUUGCCCAAACCAAAACUUGGUGCUUACAAACAAAUUGCAGCAAGGCCGCAUUGGGGCUGAGUACUUAGGAUCUGACCAUGUCGAUAAGCAUAGGAGUGAGAUCUUGUAAGUACUUGUCUUAGAGGCCAUAAGAACAACAAUAUUGUCUGCUGUUUACAAUAAUGGUGUAUUGCCUUGUUAUUAUUAAUUGUUCCU